CACUCGGGCGGGGCGCGGGGCCGGGGCCGCCCCGUCGGUGCGUGCCGGAGCCCAUGAAUUGCUCCGUGAGCGCCCGGCGAGGCUGCCGCGGCCGCGGGCUCCGGGCACGAUGCAGAAGAGCGUGCGGUACAACGAGGGGCACGCCCUGUACCUGGCGCUGCUGGCCCGCAAGGAGGGCACCAAGCGCGGCUACCUCAGCAAGAAGACGGCGGAGACCAACCGCUGGCACGAGAAGUGGUUCGCCCUCUACCAAAACGUGCUCUUCUACUUCGAGGGCGAGCAGAGCGCCCGCCCCGCCGGCAUGUACAUGCUGGAGGGCUGCAACUGCGAGCGGGUGGCCGCUCCCAAGGGAUGCGCGGCGGGCAGCGCCAAGGAUGCCGCGCUGGACAAGCAGCAUUACUUUACUGUUCUCUUUGGCCAUGAGGGGCAGAAGCCACUGGAGCUGCGUUGUGAGGAUGAGGUUGAUGGAGAUGAGUGGGUAGAAGCUAUUCACCAAGCAAGCUACUCGGACAUCCUGAUUGAGCGGGAGGUGCUGAUGCAGAAGUACAUCCACCUGGUGCAGAUCGUGGAGACCGAGAAGGUGGCGGCCAACCAGCUCCGGCACCAGCUGGAGGACCAGGACACGGAGAUCGAGAGGCUCAAGUCGGAGAUUGUAGCACUGAAUAAAACAAAGGAAAAAAUGCGACCUUAUCAAGGCAACCAGGAAGAUGAAGAUCCAGAUAUUAAAAAAAUUAAGAAGGUUCAGAGCUUUAUGCGGGGCUGGUUGUGCAGAAGAAAAUGGAAAACCAUUGUCCAAGACUAUAUUUGUUCUCCGCAUGCAGAGAGCAUGAGGAAGAGGAACCAGAUAGUUUUCAACAUGGUGGAGGCUGAGUCUGAGUAUGUGCACCAGCUUUAUGUCCUGGUGAACUGCUUCCUGCGGCCCCUGAGGAUGGCAGCGAGCUCCAAGAAGCCACCCAUCAGCCACGACGACGUCAGCAGCAUUUUCCUCAACAGCGAAACAAUCAUGUUUCUUCAUGAGAUAUUUCACCAGGGCUUAAAAGCAAGAAUAGCUAACUGGCCUACCUUAAUUCUAGCUGACUUAUUUGACAUUCUGCUGCCAAUGCUGAACAUAUAUCAGGAAUUUGUUCGGAAUCACCAAUAUAGCCUACAAGUGCUGGCAAACUGUAAGCAAAACAGGGAUUUUGACAAACUCUUGAAGCAAUAUGAAGCCAACCCAGCAUGUGAGGGCAGAAUGCUGGAAACUUUCCUUACCUACCCCAUGUUUCAGAUUCCCAGAUAUAUUAUAACACUUCAUGAACUUUUGGCUCACACACCACACGAACACGUUGAGAGAAAAAGCCUUGAAUUUGCUAAAUCUAAACUAGAAGAACUUUCAAGAGUGAUGCACGACGAGGUGAGUGACACAGAGAACAUCCGCAAGAACCUGGCCAUAGAGAGGACCAUAGUGGAGGGAUGUGACAUACUGCUAGACACCAGCCAAACCUUUAUACGCCAAGGUUCCCUUAUCCAGGUCCCCUCAGUUGAGAGGGGAAAGCUGAGUAAAGUUCGGCUGGGCUCAUUGUCUUUGAAGAAAGAAGGAGAAAGACAAUGCUUCUUGUUUACAAAACACUUCUUAAUUUGUACGAGAAGUUCAGGAGGAAAACUGCAUCUUCUUAAGACAGGAGGUGUUCUGUCUCUGAUGGAGUGCACACUGGUCGAGGAGACAGAAGCCAGUGAUGAUGAUUGUACGUUAAAUUCAGCUGUCAGUACAAAAGGUUCUGGACAGGUGUUUGGACACCUGGAUUUCAAGCUGGUAGUGGAGCCCACGGAUGCUCCUCCUUUCACUGUUGUCCUUUUGGCCCCGUCACGGCAGGAGAAAGCUGCGUGGACAAGUGACAUCAGCCAGUGCAUUGAUAAUAUAAGGUGCAAUGGAUUAAUGACAAUAGUGUUUGAAGAAAACUCCAAAGUCACAGUGCCACACAUGAUCAAAUCCGACGCCCGUCUUCACAGGGAUGACGUUGAUAUUUGCUUCAGCAAAACGCUGAAUUCCUGCAAAGUGCCCCAAAUCCGCUACGCCAGCGUGGAGCGCCUGUUGGAGCGGCUGACGGACCUGCGGUUCCUGAGCAUCGACUUCCUCAACACCUUCCUGCACACCUACCGCAUCUUCACCACCGCCGCCGUGGUCCUGGAGAAGCUCUCGGACAUCUACAGGCGCCCCUUCACCUCCAUUCCUGUCAGGUCCUUGGAGCUGUUCUUUGCCACCAGUCAGAACAGCAGAGGGGAGUACCUGGCUGACGGGAAGUCACCACACUUGUGCCGCAAGUUCUCCUCUCCGCCUCCCCUGUCCCUCUCCAGGACCUCCUCGCCCGCCAGGACCCGCAAGCUGUCGCUGACCUCCUCGCUGAACUCCAGGGUCGGCGCCCUCGACCUCUCGGCCUCGUCCGUGGCCAGCAGCCCGACCUCGGCCUACAGCCCGGCCACGUCCCCGCCGCCCACGGGCAGCAAGGCGCCGCUGGACCUGAGCCGGGGGCUGUCGUCCCCCGAGCAGAGCCCCGGCUCGGCCGAGGACAGCCUGGAGAACCCGCGCCUGGACCUCUGCAACAAGCUGAGGAGGAGCAUCCGCAGAGCAGCAGUUCUGGAGACGGUGUCGGUGGACAGGACCAUUCCUGAGAGCUCCUCGGUGGUGGACACGGCAGAGCUGUCCCCGUGCAGGUCGCCCUCGACGCCGCGCCACCUCCGCUACCGGCAGCCGGGAGUGCAGACUGCUGACAACAGCCACUGCUCCGUGUCUCCUGCCUCUGCGUUUGCCAUCGCCACAGCUGCAGCCGGGCACGGGAGCCCACCAGGGUUCAACAACUCGGAGCGCACGUGCGACAAGGAGUUCAUCAUCCGCAGGGCCGCCACCAACCGCGUCCUCAACGUCCUGCGCCACUGGGUCUCCAAGCACUCACAGGAUUUUGAGCUGAACAACGAGCUGAAAAUGAACGUGUUAAAUUUGCUGGAGGAAGUUUUGAGAGACCCUGACCUUCUGCCACAAGAAAGGAAAGCUACUGCAAACAUACUGAGGACUCUUUCUCAGGAUGAUCAAGAUGAUAACCAUUUGAAAAUAGAGGAUAUCAUUCAGAUGCCAGACUGCCCCAAGCCCGAGUGCUUCGAGACGCUGUCGGCCAUGGAGCUGGCGGAGCAGAUCACCCUGCUGGACCACGUCGUGUUCCGCAGCAUCCCCUACGAAGAGUUCCUUGGGCAGGGCUGGAUGAAAGUGGAUAAAAAUGAGAGAACACCCUAUAUUAUGAAAACCAGUCAACAUUUCAAUGAUAUGAGCAACCUGGUGGCCUCGCAGAUCAUGAGCUACGCCGACGUGGCCUCGCGGGCCGGCGCCAUCGAGAAGUGGGUGGCGGUGGCCGACAUCUGCCGCUGCCUGCACAACUACAACGGCGUGCUGGAGAUCACCUCGGCCCUCAACAGGAGUGCUGUCUACCGGCUCAAGAAAACCUGGGCAAAGGUGUCCAAACAGACAAAAGCACUCAUGGACAAACUUCAGAAGACUGUGUCAUCUGAGGGAAGAUUUAAAAACCUGAGGGAAAUGCUCAAAAACUGUAACCCACCUGCUGUUCCCUACCUCGGCAUGUACCUGACUGACCUGGCGUUCAUCGAGGAAGGAACACCCAACUUCACUGAGGAAGGCCUUGUCAAUUUCUCCAAAAUGAGAAUGAUCUCCCAUAUCAUCAGGGAAAUCCGCCAGUUCCAGCAGACCUCCUACCGCAUCGAGCACCAGCAGAAGGUCACUCACUACCUGCUGGACAAGACCCUCAUCAUCGACGAGGACACCCUGUACGAGCUGUCCCUGAAGAUCGAGCCCCGGCUCCCCGCCUGAGCCCUGCCCGGGCCUGCAGACAGCUCUGGGACAGUGGAACCACGCCUGCCACCCCCUAAGGACAGCCAGAGAAACUCUGAGAAGAGUGCCAGCUCUCCUUUCCAACAAGAGAUCCAAGAGUCUCGCAGCCUUUCCCUCUCGGGCAACACAAACGAGUGUUGGAGGUGAAAGGCGAAGACCCUUCCUGCCCGGCUUAAGCCAUUUCUGCUUUGCAAAGGUCAUGUUUGAUACUUGGGAUCAUUAGGGACCAUGAGUUCCUGGAAAACAGGAGGCUUUCCUGUGAACAGGCACUCACUGCAGCCAUCUCACGUGGCAAAUCAAGGGUACAGGUUUAAAUGGGGAUAAUAGGUCUGUUGGGAUAAAUAAGCAAGGUGAGGUGGCUGGGUUGAUGGCUAACUAUGUGUUCACUGAGGCAGUAAUGGUUGUGGUGUUCUCAUUGUGUUAAUUUCAUUGAAAAUGCAGGAUUUUAGCACUCGUCUACCACUCUGGAGUGAUACUAAGACAGCAUCUAGUAACUUCAGAUCUGCAGUUGUUUGAAACACCUGCUGUACAUUUAAUGCUACUCCUUACAAAGCAUUUUCUUCUUUAAAUGUCUUGUCAGCCUUUUCUAAGGCGACUGAUUGUAUCUACAAAAACAAUUUGUAAAUAUGUUUUUCAUCAGUGAGAGUAUUUACGGCAUGGAGAGAAAUGGACUGGUGGAAUAGUUGUAAAUAGUUGCCAGGUGGGAGGGUGAGGGACCAGAGGAGUGGUGCAGGGGAUGGAGAGUCAUGUUGCACACAGCCCUGGAAGAUGCACUUCAUUUUCCUGCACCUCCUGCAGCUUCUCUGACAGGUCAGGCUGCAGAGCACAUUCUGGACACACUGUGGAAAGAAAUACAUCUCUGUCUGGCAGCAGGUGGUGACCAGCAAUGAGCACUUGGAGCUGCAGUGACCAUUUCGUUUUACGUGAAAAUCGGUGGUUUGAAAAAGUCUUAAAGUCUUUAAUUAUAUUUUUUUUUCCUUUGUUCGGCCAUUUGGCAUUGACUUGGGUGUAGAACUGAACGUGUCAGUGGCAAACGUUGAAUGCCAGCAAACACAAAGUACGUAUUUUUAUCUGAGCUGGUAAUUAUCACUUGCUUUUGUUUGAGAAAAUGUGCUGUUUGUAAAUGUUUUCAGAGCCUCUGCUUUUGUGGCGUACCAGGUAGACAGAUGUCAUUUCUACAGUAGUUGUAUUUUCCUCAAGAGUGGCCUGUUGUAGCUGCAUGGGAAGCGAGCUCAAAUGCUGUAAAGGGCAUCAUAGUAUAAAACACAGGUGUUAGCACUGUUGAAAACAAAAAUUGGCUGGAAAAGUGUCCUUACUUUUCCAAUGAUACUCAGCCAGUUGAAGAAAUAGGGCUAUAUCACCGUAUACCUCCCUUAAAUCCUCUCAGGGAGACAGAUGUUUCAAAUAGAUUGUGACUUAGGCCUAUUUGAUCUGACAUAUCUUACACAGUCGUGAUGCUUCUGAACACUGGCGAUGAAAAAUGGACCUGCCUGGCUUGUGGUUUUUGUCUUUAUUUGCACUUUAAUUACAUUGCUGGCCCAGCCCAGAGCUGCACAACGCGUUCCAUUUGUUCUGUGUGAGCGCCAGCAUCUACAAAUGUACCUUAGCAACUGUAAAUUUCAUUAAGGUCCUUCUCCACAAGGACCACCUCCUUGUAAAUAACUGCAUGGGGAGGUGUCACACAGACUGGAGAAUUCCUCCAUUAGAAAAGCAGACAGCAGGAGAGAAGGACAUGCUAGGGACACUUCAAAUAGUUCUGGCUAAUGGUUGCUGUAGAAAUGUUACUUAUAGAAGCUUUUUGUAGUAAAAAAUGUGUUCGUUUCUUUUGACUAAUGAUUGACAAGAAGCUGAUUGCAUCCCAAUGCAUGAUAUGAGGAGAAAAAAAAAAAAAAAAAAAGAGCAUGGUUUAUGUGGACCACAAAACCAACUGACUGUGUAUUUUCUGUACAAAAGCAGCUAGUUUCAUAAAACACUUUGAAGUAAUGGAGCAACAGGGGAAAAGUGGUCCAGAAAGUGAUUUUUUACGUUGGUUUUAUUGUUUCCUUGUUAACAAAGAAAACGUGUAACAGCCGUCAGUGUGAAUGGGCAUCUCUGUUGUAUGCUAAAAGUGCUGCUUUCUCUGCCUGUACCCCGUUUUACCAAAUCUCCUCGAUGUUGUUAGGGAUACAGGGUACAGCUCCUCGUCGUGCUGCUGUCGGAGCUCCUCGCUGUGUGCUUCACUCGUGCAUUUGGCAUUUCAGGGCUGUGCUCGUGUGGCAGGGGAGGACACGGGCUCAGCCUGGGCCGUGCCCGGGGCUGAGCUUUGGAAUCGCUGGAAAUGUGCUGGUUCAGCCCCCUGGGGAAAAAAGCACGUCCUGCUCACAUGCCAAAGGUUGCCUCUUGCCCCAGUGGCCACUUCGUGUCAGAAUCGGGACAGUGGGAAGCUUGAUCUUUGUUCGUAGCAGCAGCAGCAGCAAAAAGAAAAUUGUUCGAUAAUUGUUAUGUUCACAAUACUGUUUGACUUGGUGAUGGCUUGAUGUUGAUGUUCUUGCUUGGGGAUACAAUGCUUUUGUUAAAGCACAGUGAAAAGUGGGGACGCACCGCAGCCCUUGCCGGGGCGAGCACAGCUGGAAACAGCUGGAAACAGCUGGAAACAGCUGGAAACAGCUGGAAACAGCUGUUCUGCAGCCCCUGGCAGCUGGGCUGCGGGCGGAGCGCUGUGCCUGCGAGGUGCUGUGCUGCAGCCCUGCUGUCUCCGGGCUGGGGCAGCAGUCUGGGGCAGCAGUGCCCGCUCUGUGCCAGGCUCUGCCCGCUCCCAGUGCGACCAGUUCAGUGCAGCGCUGUCCCGGCUCGGCGCAGCGCCGGAGCGGCACAUCUCGCUCAUCACUCCCGCUCCUGCCCGCGGUGCUGGGGGCUGCUGAGGACUCACUCUGCCUCGGGCUGUGCCUCGGGCUCUGCUCGGGCUCUGCUCGGGCUCUGCUCGGGCUCUCGCUGUCCCGCAAUCCCGGUCCUGCCGCGGGAGCAUCGCGGACCGCCGGGGCGGCAGGAGCCCCGCGGAGAUGGAUGCCUGGAUGGAGAAGGGUCCCAGCGCCUCUCCUCUUGCCUUCCGAGCCCGCAGCCCGGCCUCCACGGGGAUACGAAGCGUUGUGAGCCGCCGGAGCCCGCAGCCCAGGUGGGCGCGGUGCGCACUGACACCGCGUCCCAGUUGCCUUCACCCCAGCCCAGACCCAGCACCCGCUGGUGUGACCGACCCCCGGCGCUCCUCGUGUCCGUGACAGCCCGUGGAGUUCACAGCGGCAGCGUGUGUUCCUCCUGCCCCUUCCCUCUGGUGGCUUCGCGGUGACAGGGGACAGCCGGCACCCAUCGCCCCGAUGUCAGCGUGAGGAGGAGCUCCCCGUCCUCUUUCUGCUCUCCUGGUUUUUGAUACUGAUUAUUGUUCUGUAGGAUAAAAAUUAUUAAUUAUUUUAAUUAUUUAUUAAUUUAAACCGUGUUGAUUUUGAUUUCAGAACAUGUUAAUUAUCCCAACUUUUCCUUCAUGUGUAUUAUUUAUUUUAUUUUAAGGGUUUUACAAAGACAUUGUUUUGUUUGUAUCAACACUCAGUCUUUUCAUCCUUUCACUCCUAGCAACAACACUAAACCCUGAUGAUUUAAAACUCUCACCCAUCGUGACAAUUUUACUCACUCAUAAUUUCACUCACCAAGGGCAAAACCCUUCAGACCUCAUUCUGAUAAUACCUUAGGCUUCACCGAGAGCUUUUCAUAAGUCUUUGGGGAUCUGGCUCUCAGCUCUUUGCCUGUUACAGUUUCUGCCUCCAAAGGUCAAAUGUCUCUGUCUAGGAUGCUUCAUGUCCAAGAUGCUGCUCAGUGAUGGUUGUUCUGUUGUACCUGAGGUAGUCUCUGAAGUUCUGUUACCUAGGGCAGUAGAUGUUUGUUUAUUUGACAGAUUGUUCCAUAUUGAACAUGUUGCUUAGUGCACAAUCCAGAUGUUUUUGCAUGUAUUGCAACUGCUCUUCUGACCCGAGGUUAUUGCUUUGUAUUGUUAGUAAGGCAUACCAGGCAAGGUGUUGUGCCUGGGUGCUAAUAAACAUCCUUUUCUUUCCUGA